UCAGUAAAGAUGGCGCAAACAGUUUACUUCCGGUGUGUAGCCGUUCUCUUCCGGGCAUGUGACCGGUAGACGAAAGUCUCGUGGUUAGCAUGAUCUCAGAGCAGAGUGGAGUGCUGGACGUCUCGCCCUGUGCUGUCCUUAACAGGUGACCCGCUGCAAUUAUUGUCCCAGGUCCAUGUUGGACUGUGUUGAGCACUUAGAAAAUUUCAGACAGAAUGCUUCCCCAGGGUAGAUUGCUGCUAGCUCGAGUGUCAGGCUACACGAAGCCUUUCUUUAGAGGCCGAUUUCUGCUGGUCACUAAUACAGUUAGCUGCGGAGCAUUGCUGGGCAUUGGUGAUACUAUCCAGCAGACUCGAGAGGUGAGAAGAAAUGCGGAUAAGCAGCGAGACUGGAUCCGAACAGGUCGUAUGUUUGCUAUCGGUUGCUCAAUGGGCCCCAUGAUGCAUUUCUGGUACUCAUGGCUGGAUAGGACUUUUCCCGGCCGAGGGAUCAAAAUUGUUUUGCGAAAGGUUCUAAUCGACCAGCUGGUGGCUUCCCCCUUUCUGGGAGUAUGGUACUUCUUGGGUAUGGGCGUAAUGGAAGGACAGACUCUGGAUGACAGUUGGGCUGAAUUUAAAGACAAAUUCUGGGAGUUUUAUAAGGCUGACUGGAUGGUGUGGCCCGCUGCACAAAUGAUCAACUUUUACUUUUUACCACCGAAGUAUCGUGUCAUUUAUAUCAAUGUGAUCACAGUAGGCUGGGACACCUACCUCUCAUACCUCAAACAUCGGGAAGAAGAGCCUCAAUCAAACAUGGAUACAGAUAGUAGAAAUGUGUGUGCAUCCGACCCACACCCCAGUACUCCCUCACAUUUGAAAAAGACCAUAGAUGAAAAAAUUUGAAUAAAAAACAAAUGCCAAUUUUUACAUAGUUACUGUGCAAUUCACAAAAGCUGUACUGUGUUGCCUUAAGACAUUUCUUAAAUGCUGUAUUAUGCUACUGAGAUGAAGUGAUUAAUGUGAAUGAUAAACACAUCUGUUAAUGAACAAGACUGGUGGUAUGAAGUGGAAGACCAUUCAGUGCUGUCUAGUAUUUUUGUUUUGAUAUUUAAUUUGUGUAUAUUUUUAUAAAUUUUGUAUAUAAUUAAAUAUAAUUUAUGAACAUUAAGGGUCUAUUCACACGUACAGUAUUCUGCGCAGAUUUGAUGCGCAGGAUUUUCUGCUGAAGAUUUCAAUGUAAACUGACUUAAAAAUCCUGCGCAUCAAAUCUGCGCAGAAUACUGUACGUGUGAAUAGACCCUAAAGCUGAAAAUAGUUGCCAAGUUAACAAAUACUAAACAGAAAAUGCAAAUGUAUAAUAUAUUUUUGUUACUUAUAGCAAGUGAAUGACGGGAAAAAAAUUCUUUCAACUGAAAAUUGGUAAAAUAACAAAAUGGUCAUUACUCACCUGUUAAUCCCGAUCAAUGCUGGUCUUUGUUUACACCUCUCCUUACUUCACUUGGUGUUUGCAGCCAAUCCUCAUUAUACCGUAUACGUCCAGGCAUCACUGCUGCAGCAGCCACAUAUGACACAUCUCUUCUGCAUCAGAGACUGAUGGGGAGCCACAAAACCAUCAGUGCUGCAGUGAUGAAUAUAUUGUUUUAUUACAUAUUCAUUUCACAGAUACUUAACAGCUAAAAAAAAAAAAAUGUAAAUGCAUUGCAGUCUCGUAGUUGGGCUUUUAUUAAAGGCUAUAGACGCCUUUUUAAAAUCAGUUUUCAGUGUGAUUCUUCACUAUCUGACCUUUUGUCAGCCUGUGUGAGCUGUUCUUCAAGCAUGGUUUCCUUUUCACUUUAGAGGACCUGUGACCUACCUUUAAAAAAUAAUUUUACUGUCAUUAAAUAGUUUAGGAUGCCCUGAUCACACACCUUUUUUACAGUAUCUUAAUACACUCUUCUGUUCCUAAGAUAUGAGUGUUUAUGGUUUAUCUGACAAUUCAGGUAAUCGGUUAGAUGGGCGUCAAUUUAAUUUAAAUAAGAGUGACUUGGCGAGAUUACCUGAUUACCAGAUGGUGUAAAUUGAAGGGUGUAAUACACACCACCCAUCACAAAUUUGGAGGUUGGCCACAGGUCCUCUUUAAGCUGGUAUGGAAGACUUACCGUAGUUCCCCCCCCCAAUAUCUCUGAUACCUUAAGAGAAGGAAUUCCAUCUGAUGGAUUUCUUAUCAUUCACUGAGUAUUAUGAAUAUGCAUUUCAUGCAGUGUAUAUGGUACAUGGGACCCUACCCUCAGUUUGCAUUCUGGAAAAAAUGAUUAUAUAGCGUCCGUAGCCUAUAAAACCCUCUUUCUUUCUUUUUAAUGUUGUACCAGCGUGGUAAAAUUCUGUUCACAACUGUGUAGACAAUAGCAGUCCACUUGCGUGCUUUGUUGCGAGCGCAGAAGCCAUUGAUCUGUAUGGUGUUUGCGUGUAAGAUACAGACAAUUCCAAUUAGGUGGUAGUUUCUUGUCUGUUUCGAAAAGGCUUCUGAAAUAUGUUUACACCCUCCCUAGUAACUGCUUUUCUACUAAAUUAAUUUUUAGUCACAUUUACAGAAAUUUUCAAAAAGGUUAAACUGUAAUCGUAAUCCUUUUUAUAUCAAUAUAAUUAUAAUCCAACAA